AUGCGGCUGCUGUUGGCGCUCCUGGCCCUCGCCGCGGCCCAGCCCUUGGCCCGCGCAGAGUCACACUGGUGCUACAAGAUUCAAGCCAAGGCUUCCAACUACACCUGUUUGGAGCCGGACAGCUGGGGUGAACACUGCCAGAAGGACCGUCAGUCCCCCAUCAACAUUGUCACCUACAAGGCACAGUUGGACCACAACCUGGGGCCCUUCAUCUUCUCUGGCUAUGAUAAGAAGCAUAAGUGGAGUGUCCAAAACAACGGGCACUCAGUGAUGGUGUUGCUGGGGGAAGAGAUCACGAUUGCUGGAGGAGGACUGGCUGCCCGCUACCGGGCCAAGCAGCUGCACCUGCAUUGGUCCCACAUGCUGGACAGGGGCUCGGAGCACAGCCUUGAUGGGGACCAUUUUGCCAUGGAGAUGCACAUAGUACAUGAGAAAGAGAAGGGGGCAUCGAGGAACCAGAAAGAGAACCAGGACUCCCAGGAUGAGAUCGCUGUGCUGGCCUUUCUGGUGGAGGCUGGAUCUAAGAACCAUGGCUUCCAGCCUCUGGUGGAUGCACUGGCCGACAUCCGCAAACCCAAUAUGACCACCACUUUGAAGGAGAGCAUCAGCCUGCUGGACCUGCUCCCCAAGGAGGAGAAACUGAAGCACUACUUCCGCUACCUGGGCUCACUCACCACACCAGGCUGUGACGAGAAUGUUGUCUGGACUGUGUUCGAGCAGCCCAUUCAGCUCCAGCAAGACCAGAUCCUGGCAUUCUCCCAGAAGCUGUACUUUGACGAUGACCAGAAAGUGAACAUGACGGACAAUGUCAGACCCCUGCAGCGCCGGGGGCAGCGCCCAGUAUUCAAGUCACAGGCUGCUGGAUUGUUGUUGCCCCUGCCCGCCCUAUUGGUCCCCACACUUACCCUGAUGGCUGGCCUCCUCCACUAA